CCGUCGCGAGCAUUGGAGUGUAACAAGUGGUUUAGAUUUUCAUUUCUUUCUGCCCACCACGAGAGAGGCUUCCUCGUCUGUGGCUUCCAGAAGACGUGCAAUUGGUGUCUGAGAAGUGUGCGAACUCAAGACGAUCCGCUCCACGAUCAAUUUCAAGUCGCGCGAUACACGCAAUUUUCGGACAGAAGAAAGAUUGAUUUAUCUAUUGCACGCGAGCUUCUCUAAAUCAUCGCAACGAUGCCAGGUGUGUUCAAGUACAAAUUGGGGAUCAAUGAGUUCUCGUCAAAUGGAUCGAAUCUCCUGAAAUCCCUGCUCGCGGAAUUCAUUGGACUGCUGCUGAUAAAUCUCUUCGGCAUAUUCUGCUGCCUCCAUGGAACAGCCACGAUGAUCUCAUUCACAUUCGGCCUGAUUGUCUUCAUGGUGGUUGCGUCACUGGGCCAUGUUUCGGGGGCACACGUCAAUCCGGCGAUCACGGUGGGACUGCUGGCCGUGGGAAAGAUCUCCUUCGUCAGGGCGCUGCUCUACAUCGUGGCGCAGUGUGCCGGAGCUGUCGCCGGCACGGGAUGCGUCAAGGCGCUGAUCCCUGAGGCGCAGCAGGGAACGCUCGGCAUGACCAGACUGGCUGAGAAUGUGCUGCCCAUGCAGGGUCUGGGCAUGGAGUUCUUCCUCGGCUUCGUGCUGGUUCUCACGGUGUUCGGCGUGGUGGAUGACAACAAGCCCGACUCGAAGAUCAUGGCGCCGCUGGCCAUCGGCAUGACGGUGGUCUUCGGCCAUCUGGCAGGAAUCAAAUACACAGGAGCCAGCAUGAAUCCGGCUCGGACCUUUGGCUCGGCUCUGCUCUCGGGCAUUUGGGAAAAUCACUGGAUUUACUGGGUGGGUCCAAUUCUUGGCGGCGUCGCCGCGGCGCUGCUGUACGUGCAGACGUUCGUGGCACCUGAGCCAGAGGUGGAUCUGGCCGAGCGCUACAGGACGCACGCUGAUGAGAAGGAAAUGGCCCGACUGGAUGGGAAGCGUGACUUGGCCUAGAGCGUGCGACCGCGUGACUCGAAUAUGGACAUCAGGAAAUUGGCAUCCGCCGCGCAAUCUCAUUGAGAAAACGCAAGAAUUCCCAAGUCACUCCAUUUCCACAAAAUGAUCAGUGUGUGUACAUAAAUUACAAUGCUCUGUAUUUACUCUUUUCACAACAUCGCAAUUGAUUGCUGACGCGCUGUUGUAUUUACUUACUGCGUGACUCAAUGUUCCCAUGAACUUCUGAAGCAUCUCCGCGAGGCAGUAAACUCUUCCUUAUCACCCCCAAGAUGGCACGCGAUAGCGCCGAUUGAAGAGGCUAGAGAGUGAUUGAGGGACGGGUUUUUGGUAAUUUUUCAAUGGUAUUUUAUUAUUUCUCAACAGUAUACACUUCUUAAAAUGUAUGUAAUCAUUAGCGAAUAUAACAUACUGCAUUUUAAUAAUA